ACAGGUUCAUUUUUUAGUAAGUACACGAAGCUUCAUAAACCAACCUGAGACAACUCCCUCUUUGCAAGUACAAAGUCAUCCUGUCCUGAAUACUGGAAGAAAAGCAUUCAAUUGAGUCGAGAUAAUUCAAGCAUCAAAGUCCAAGACAUUCCAAUAACAAUGGCUAAACUGAUCAGCGCCCCACCAAAGUUCACUCACCAAGAGUGGGCGUACUCCAACAAGACCAACUACAACAAUGCCGAGAAGCAACGAGCAAGCGCUGAGCGUCUGAUCGACGAGAGUGAUCGACUUAUUGAUGAGACAGAAGAAGUGACGAAGAGAACGCAGAGAGAUGUCAACAAGAAAUUCGAGCAAAGAGUCCAUGAUGUCACAUUUUGGAAAGAGGAACUCAACAGAAAACUGGACGACACUAAGAAAGAGAUUGACAUGUUACUUGCUUAUAAAACCAGACUAGCUAAUGCACUAGAAGCAUGCAGAGAACCUCUAGCAAUCGCCAAUCAAUGUUUACUCUACAGGGAGGGACGUGAAGCCAUCGAUCUCGUCCACGACGACGUGGAGCGGAACCUCCUGAAGGAGCGCGAGACCAUUCAAGGUGUCAUGGCUCUACUCCAACGGACCCUAGACCAGACUACAGAGCAGAUCAGGAUCAUGAGGUCACGUCGCUACACUCUGGAGAAGGACCUGACCGAUAAGUUUGAUGCCCUGGACAUUGAUCAGGACUGUAGGGAGCUCAGAGACGAUCACCCGGAGCUCACUUUCAAAUCAGGGGCUGCUAAAAUUGAAAGCAACUCCGUGACCCCAGAAGACUGGCAGCAAUUUACCAAUGAGAACAUCCUGAAGACCGAGAGAGAUCGCAAGAAUGCCGUGGAUCUACGCGCCGUGAUCGACAGCUUGCUGGACACCACAAAGGACGACAUGAAUAAACAAGUCAGCGACACCAACCUCGCCUUCAAGAAACGCAUCGACGAGACCGAGAUGACUAAGAGCGAACUGGAGACACAUCUCUCUAAGAUCUUCGGCCAAAUCGAUGAGAUGGAGAAGAACAUCCAGAGGCUGACCAAGGCCAUUCAGGACAAGCGUGGUCCCAUGAUGCUGUCUCAGACCCGUCUGGAUGCCCGCACAAACAGACCCAAUGUGGAGCUGUGCCGUGACCCCGUCCAGUACCGCCUCAUCAACGAGGUUGCCGAGAUCGACUCCAGCGUUUCCCAGCUCCAGCAGACGCUUGCCGGCGCUCAGGAUCAACUGAAGGGCUUGAUCCGUCGGCAGCAGACACUGGAGGAAGACAUUGACGUCAAGUCAAAGUCUGUCCAUAUCGACAAUGUCAAGUGCAUGGGUCUCAGACAGAGCAUCAACAUCAAGAAAUUCUGAGAUGUCUUAUAUUAGCAUUAAUUUGAUAUUUAUCUGCGGAUGAUGAUCAGGGCCAGAUUCAUUGGUAACAAAAAUAAGUGCCGGGCUUAACCUCCUUCAAGUUGAACCCUUGGAUAACCAAUCAAAAGUACAUAAAUACUUAUCCUGGAUUGGUGAGGAAAUUUCACAUUUCUUAAAAAAAUACUUGCAGAGCAAAAUUGAGUGGAGAGCCAGUCAAACAUGUCAGACCUGGAAUUUCAUUUUUGAACGUUGAAAGGGCAAGACCUUUUUCAUUUUGCUCUUCAA